CGGUUGGAAAAAAUCGCUGUGUUCUUUCGAUUUUCCGGUGGAAAUUCAGUAUACAUUGGUGAAAAACUAUCGAAAAUUGUGACUUUAAAGUGAACAAGCGACAACUUAAACAAUGUCGGACGACGGUGUUAUCGUAAUUGAAGACUCGCCGCAGCGGAAAUCCAUCAGUUGCGAACAAAUUCCGGAAUUAUUCCUGGAUAAGCUGAUCGCCAAGAAGCACUUCAGUCAAUUCGGACGAAUCUACCGGUUCAUACUGCGGCCCAAGCGCCUUUCAUGUACGGUGGAGUACGAGAAUGCAGAGGCGGCGGAAGCCGCUUUGGCCCGGAGUGGCCUCUUCCGGGAUGUCAAAUUCAACGUGUACUGGACGGAUGAGGCACCGGCGGCUGUGGUCGGUGGUUCGAGUAGGGAUGAGGGAUUCGUCGAUCCGGAAGUGCAACAGGAGCUGGAUACCAUGAGCGGAGGGCCAAGCAGUCUGAGGACCAAGCAAAGCAUCAAGCAGUCGAUUGAAUCGUUCCUAAAGCAAACGGAGCGCUUCCCUAUGCAUCCGGUGUUGGCACCACCGAAACCACUGCGGAUGCCAAUGAUGGCUCCACCGAGGAAUAAUAUUCCGUCAGCCGAUCCGAAGGCGUUCCAGGCGAAAAUGGAAUUUGAGUCCCUAGCGAGGAAGCCAGCUCUAACGGCGGAGGAACGGUUCAGGCUGCUGGAUGCACGAGAUAAGUAUAUCCGCUUUACGAUGGAUCGAACGACGGACAUCAGGAAGGCCAAAAGUACACAGGGAACGUGUAAAGAUAUGUGUCCCGAGAAGGAGCGUUACAUGAGGGAAUGUAAGUUUCAGGUGGCAUCCUACGAGGCGGGGGAGAGUUCGCAGCAGAUAGACCACGCGAAAGCGAUCAAGCAGUAUUCGAGAAGUUCGGCGGAUCAGGAGGCACCUUUGGCGCUUGAGUUGCGUUCGGAGAAUGGUCUGGAGCUAGCAAUGAGUUAUUUGCUAAUCAGGAUCGCGGAUUUGUGUGACGAAGAGGACGUUAAUUUAAGUGACUGGUUCCAUUUUCUAUGGGACAGGACCAGGGGUAUCCGGAAGGACAUCACGCAGCAGGAGUUGGGUUCGCUGAGGGCGGUUCGAUUGGUGGAGCAAUGUGCGAGGUUUCACAUACAUUGUGCGGCCCGGCUGGUGGCGGAAGAGCCGUCCGUGUUUGAUCAGAAAAUUAACACGGAAAAUAUGACCAAGUGCUUGCAGUCGCUGAAGUAUAUGUACCACGAUUUGGGGCUGAAAGGGAUUCGUUGUCCGGCUGAGGCCGAAUUUCGGGCUUAUGUGGUUCUGUUGAAUUUGAAUGAUGGGAACUUUCUGUGGGAGGUCAAGCAGCUUGCCGGGGACAUAAUGCACUCGCAGGAGAUUCGAUUUGCUCUGCAAGUCUACUUCGCUCUGGAGAGUAACAAUUAUGCCCGGUUCUUUCGGCUAGUGCGUCAGACGACCUACAUGAAUGCGUGUAUUUUGCUGCGGUACUUCAACCAAAUCCGGACGCGUGCCCUGGAAACGAUGCUCAGGGCAUACACGUAUCGUACACCGGCUAGCUUCUCCUUGGAUCACCUCAUCGAUCUGUUAGCCUUCGAAGACACAGAAGCAGCUGCAUCGUUCCUGGAUGCGUACAACCUGCCGAUCGAUCUAUCGCUUGGAACCGUCCUAAUGGACCCGAAGCAGUACGAACGCCCGGAUCUACCCUAUCAGCUGGAAAGAGCCUUCAACCUCGUCGAAUGUAAGCGAACUUGCAGCGUAGGGGAAGCCAUUUCCGGUCAGCCGUUGCAGGACGAAUCUAUUCUGGACAACCAUCAGCUAGAAAAUAGCUUCACACCGUCCGGUUACUUCCGAGAGGAUCUUCUCCGCUCCAUCCUUAAACCCAGCAAAAUUCCCGACCCUUCUAGCCCGGUCAACGAUGACGACAAAGUCUUCAAAGUUCCGUCUCCAACUUCCAUCUCUCCCAAACCUCUCUUCCCAAAACCGACAACCAACAGCAACCUCUUCCUAUCGUCCCGCAACUCGUACAAAAUCGAAACCAACAGCCCUGCUCCGUCGGUGCCGUCUUUCUUCUCUAAGGAGAGCCCUACAAACCUGUCCGGUAUAACAGCUCUUCCGCAACAGGCCGAACAACAGCCAAAACCGACCGCCUUCGGAGCGAACCUCUUUGGCAACGUGAACUUUGCCAGUCCAAAGACCAGACUGUUCGGAAGCAUUCCCGUCGCAAAAACGUCCUCGGAAGUCGAUGCAAUUUUCCGAGGUCCCACGCCAACGUUUCCGUCGAUGGAGCAAGCGCGUGAACUCGCCACUAAGCGGUUGCUGGAGGAAGAAAUGAUACGGAAACAGCAACAGGAAGAGGAUGCCAAGCGGAAACGGCAGCAGGUGGAGCAGGAGUUGCGCAGGAAACGUGAAGCCGAAGAGGAACGGAUUCGGCAGGAGUUGAUUGCCCGAAAGGAAGCGGAAAUCCGACGGCUCAAGGAGAUGGAGGAGCAAAGCAAGCGGGAGCUGGAGGAAACGGUCCGGAAGAUGUCUGAGAAGAUUUACGCCGAGCUAGUGGACGAUGUGUGCGGGCAAGAAGUCGGUCAGAUUGCCACUACCUGCCACAAUCAGUAUCAACUGUUGGAGAAAUACCCGAAGAAACUGCUGAAAGAGCUAGAGGAUGAAGUGGUGCUGGAAUUCCUGGUUGAAAUGGUUCGGGAGGAGACACUGGUGAAGAACUGCCAGGAGAACCGCCAGCUCAAUGUGAUGCGUAAGUACUUCCGGUUGUGGUGGAAGAACGUCCGGAUGGUGACGGAUAAUCGAAUGCAGAUCGAAAACAGUCCGGCAUGGCUUCCGGAGCGAGAGUUGCAGGAACAGGCAAAGGAAUGCUAUCAGGAACAUCAGGCACUCAGCCUGGCCAACAUGAAGCGCUACGUCGGAGGAAUGCCGAAAGUUUUCCAACUUCCGGAACGGAAGGAAGAGCAAGUCGAUGUAUUCGAGAUCGUUCGAAGGCAGAUUACUACUGUGCAGAAGAAGGACUUGCGAGGGUUCAUCAAAAAUCACGUCUACUGGAAGAUAACGAUUUCCAUACCAUUCAAACAGGAGGAAGAUUCGUCCGGUUUCUACUACUUCAUCAACAAGUGGUUGAAGAGCCUGUUCAAAAGAUCUUCGGAAAAUGACGGCAAAUGUUUCUUUCUGGAAGUGCAGGAGAAUGUGACCGCUCGCGAGCGGCUGGCGGUCUGCAUGAGGCUGCUCAAAGGGAUAUCAAUUUUCGAUGAACUAAAUACUAAUGAUCCUAAGGCGUUGGAUAACUCAGAUGGUCUCGUAUUCUUCCUGGCAUCGAAUAAUGUUGCCAUAUCGAAGCAACGGCUGCACAAUCUGCUCCGGAAAGCUGACUCCUGGGGACCAUUACCUGUAACCAUAAUCGCCUACAACUACCAGCCAAACUCGGACGAAUCCCUGGAAGACCAGCUGGAUCUUGAUCUUCUCCUGGAGGAAGGGAAAAUCAGUGACUUUGAAAUCGUCUACCACCAUGAAACUAGGAAAACCCCUCUGCGCCAAGCUCUACUGAAAUCUCUAGCCCUUCUCGCGUCCUACUACAAUGCAGACUCCCCGUUGGAAAUGCAAUCCCAAACAUCCUUCAUCGGAACCUGUCUCGGUGAGGAGCUGUGGUAUCGCUUCCGCCUAUCGUCGCAACAGAAUCCCAAACUCAACGAAGCCUGUCAAAAUCUUCCAUUUGUGGUAGAUCUUUUCAACCAGGCAAUCAAUCGUGUUUCCAACCUGGUUCAGCACAAUCUCACCGCCUAUCCAGAUUUCCCGGCCGAGUUCAAACCGUUCGUCUCGAAGCGUCGCUUCGACAUUCCCCUGGACCUGGAGUACUUUCCCAAAGACUGGCGCGAUCCGGAUCGUCAACAGAAGCUCGUCCGCUUCUUCACCCAACUGAAACUUAAAGCCAUCAUCUUCGACGCUGCAGCCCUCAAAUCCCUACAAGACCUUCAAUCCCACCUUCGGCCUUACAUUCGUUCAUUGCUCCCAAAGCCGAACGAAAAAGCCGCCCGUCGACUCCUUGCCCUCGUCACCCAAGAAAUCCUCCGGGCCCUCCCCACCGGAGUUCCCUUCCCGCAAGCCAUCACAACCCUUAAUUGGCUCUCGCCCAUCUCAAUUCUCUCCAACGAACUCCUCCGGCAUCGCUGGAGUGAAGCUCUCGUCCAGUUACCCUGCGAGGUAAUCUACCACAAGCAGGAAUACGAAAGCUACACCCGAACACUCUGGUGGCUGCCGGAGCUGAAAAAGCUCAAACGACGAUCUACGACCGACGACGCGCAGCUACAGAUUAGCACCAAUGGCGAAGGCCUGGACACCGGCGGCAGCGAGAACGACGAUGGGGGGUACGUGGAUUCCCUGGAUGGGUCCCUAGCGCUGGCGGCACUGCCGGCGGCGAAGAAGAUGAAGCUGAACAUCAGCCUGGCGAAGGAUGAUCUGGACGAGAUACUGGCCCGGGGAAGACGAUGCCUGGAACGGGCCGACGAGAAGCUGACCCAGUGUCGGGCGUUCACCCAGCAGACGCGGGAUCUGGCCAACAAGCUGGACGGCCAGCUGUACGAGCAGGAGAAAACGUUCCGAGAGAACCGCUGGACUUGGGAGGCGAAUUUUCGGUAGCGUCGUUGAGAAGGCGGAUUGUAGUUUGAGCGUUUAGCAAGGUUAAAAUAAAUGACUUU